UUCCCAUUCAGCUUAGUUGUCGAAAGCAGCCCAAAGUGAUCGGAAGUGUUGUUUAUUUUACGCGACAAAUAUUUCUCUUUGUUCUUCACUGACAAGAUUGGUACAAAUAAAAAUGGAAGAUACAAGACUUACCUGCCCUUUUGAACCAAGUCAUCGAAUUAAUGCAAGCCGUAUGCAAUUUCAUUUAACUAAAUGUAUCAAAAAUCAAACAAUGAUGGGAAAAUCAGUAUGUCCAUAUAAUCCUUUACAUAUUUACGACGUCAACGAGAUACUGCAUCAUUGUAAAAAUUGUCCUAACAAUGCGACUGUACAACAGCAAGUAUAUACUCAAGAAGACAAAAAAUGUUUUGCCAACGUUCUAAGUCCCGAAGAAGCUAUGAGACAAUUAGCAGAAGUUUUACCAGAUGAUGACAGUUGGGAACGGCGACACGCAAUACAGGGUCCUGGUUAUGAUCCAAAUGCUGAAAUUGAAAAAAAGCUUGUUUAUCGUUCAUUGAAUGUUGAGUCCAAAUCGAAAAGAGAAAAAUUUAGAAUGCAAGAAAGACGUCGUUUUGCUGAACUAGAACGAGAGAAAGAGAACUUUGAAGAUAAUAAAUCAUUAUCACCACAAUCACUACGUCGUCCACGAAAUGAAUCUGUCCUCCUUCAAAUGGAAAAUACUACUAGAAAGCCACAAUCCAUUUCAAAGGCUGAAAAACUUAUCAAUGCAGGUAUUAGUAAUAACAAGGACGAAGACAAUUAUAAAUCUGAUAGACCACAAACUCCCGACACUUUCUAUCUUGAUUCUGCUCUACUUCAUCAGUUGAAACAAUCAUUAGCUAUUUCUGAUAAAUCAGAGUGCGUUGCUGCUUUCCAAGAAUUGGAAACUCUAGAAGAUGCAAAAAGAAAUAAUAGAGACCAAAAGAAAAAAAAUGAAGAGCAGCUAAUGAAUAUUAAAGAACGUGAAGCCCAGAUUCGUGAGCUUGAGAAAGAAAUGGAAUCAAAAGCAAAAUCAAUUGAUAUAAAAAAUAAAAUUAUUGAAGAAAGAGAGAAAGAGCUACUAAAAUUACUUGUUCAGAAAGCUAUUCAAUCAGAAAAACCAUCCACUGAUGAGAAUACCAAUAACAAAGUUGAUGCAAGUGUUGAUGAUAACAGCUGUAAUGAUAAAUUAUCAGAGAACAGAUUUCAUAAUAAAAAGAAAUCAUCAAAAGGUCAGAAAAAUGUAGAAUCUCCAACUAAAGUAAAUCUGUCCAACCCAAAAUGUGCAGCAACUUUUGGUUCAUCAUCCUCUUUAGUAUCAUCAUCAGGAUCAGAAUCAUUAUCAUCACCACCACCACCUCAAGCUCCAGGAACAAGUCGAAAUGGAAAUGGCACACGAUCAUGUGGGCGAGGCAUUGUUCAUGCUUGGAAUUUGAACAAUCUACCGAAAAUUGGACGCCCUACCGAAGAAGACAAAGGAAAAAAAGCUUAAGUUUGUUUUGAAACAUUAACCAUAACAUUUUUCAAUAUCACCCACAUUUCUUAAUUUUAUAUUCAUACUUUUAUAAAAAUAACUUAAAAACAUGAUCUUUUUCGGAUAAUUAUUUAAAUAAUUAGACUUUUGAUAAGUUUUAGUAAAUAACAUUCCGAUAAUUUAAUUCUUUUAUCAUUACUCAAUAUUAACAUAAAAAUGAUUUAAUUUAAAGUCUGAAACCAAAAGAAAAAAUGAUCUUUUUAUUUAUCUUUACGUAUAUUUUAGAUCAUUAUUUUUUGAAAAACU